CCGAUCCGAGCUCGCUUCGUAAAAUCGUGGGAAAAUGGGAAAAAAUUAAGUUUUUAAAGGUAAUAAGAGUGGAUUAAAGUCGUUUCCCAGUUGCAGAUUUCGUCCUCGCUAGGCCUUUCCACAUCGAUUGGGAGACGAUGCAUCUGCUGAGUUCCUUCGCGCGAACCCGCCUGCACGUUACGUUAGCAGCAUCCCGGAUUUUUUCCCGGAUGUCCUCCGCAACUAAGGAGGGUCGCCUUCGCAUCGGUUGGCAGGAUGUACAUUUUGUGGAGGCUGGACAGGGUAGUAGAGGGUUAAUACUGCUGCCCGGUGCUCUCGGAACCGCUUGGACAGAUUUUAGGCCGCAAAUUGAGAAGCUUCCUUUACUUUUGCCACAACACAAGCUUAUCGCAUGGGAUCCACCGGGAUACGGCAAAUCGCGCCCUCCCGAAAAACAAUUUUCCCUGGAUUUCUACGAGCGGGAUGCGGCUUCCGCUCAUGAGCUUAUGCAAAAGCUAGGUUUUGACCGGUACAGCAUCGCGGGCUGGAGCGAUGGGGGCAACACGGGAUUAAUACAAGCGGCCAAUCACCCGGACCAUGUCGAGAAGCUCAUCGUCUGGGGCUCAAACUCUUACAUCUCGGAUGCGGAAGCAAAGAUUUAUGAAGAUAUUCGUGAUGUGAGCAAAUGGUCGGCAAGAAUGCGUGAACCGAUGGAGGCGGUGUACGGUGUGGAAUAUUUUCCAAAGCUUUGGUCUGCGUGGGUCGAUGGUCUUUUGCGGAUUCAUAAGGAAUGCGAGGGAGAUAUUUGCAGCACUAAACUAAGCAAGAUUAAGGCUCCCACACUCAUCGUACACGGGGCCAAAGAUCCGAUGAUCAUCCCGGAGCAUGUGCCUUAUCUGUUGAACAACAUCAAAAACUCAGACAUACAUGUGUUCCCCGAGGGAAAACAUAACAUCCACCUGCGUUUUGCGGAUGAGUUCAACAAACUGGUGGCCACCUUUUUAAAGACCUGACAUGCGGCCUCUUCGGUAGGGCAUGAAUCGAUCAUUGUAGAUGUUUAAGCAAUUCCAAAUAUACUCUAACUUGUAAGUCUGUUAAAUACAAAUCUAAAGCCGCGAUACGCAUCGCCCAGGCUUUACUUUUAUUGAUUUA